GCCACCCUUGACCUGUCACCAAAGUCAACAAGAGUCCAUGUCCCGGCCAGCCCCUGUCCUCUGGUAUUUCGUUGUGGAUAAGCUCUGCUUGGAGGACCCUGGAGCAAUAAAGAUGACUUGGGGAUCUCUUUGCACGUUAUUCAGCCCGCUAGGGUUAGUCCUAGCCACGUACGUUCACCAUGUGUUCGGUUGAGUUGGACUUCGGAGUGCCUCACCUAGAGCCCGCAUCCCCA